AUGGCGACAAACAGCAGGACGACCGACUUCCAGUCGUUGUCCUCUUCUUCAGGCACCAGUACGACCCCAACAACAAUCGCAACUCCAGUGACAGCACCGAAAUACAGCUACGAAGAUGAGGUCCACGCAACGUCAACAACUGCCAAAGACUCACGUUUAGAGCAACUGUUUCUCGCAGGUACGACAGAGAUCGAUCUUCGGUCGAUUCUAAAUGGGUACAUCCAGGACAGUUCGCGUCAGAGCGACCGGGAGAUCGAUGCAGUGGACCCAAUAGAUACAGUGAACCAGGAAAAAGGACCUACGAACGCGUACAGUGUGACACCGGCAGUAGGUUUCGUGUUGAAGACCAAGUGGGAUGUCCAGCACAAGGUCUUUAUCAAUAUCUGUACGAGUUCAAGAUUGCGACCCCUAUCAAGAGACGACACGAUCCGUAGUACGUCGCAGCACAGUGCGUGUUCGUGGCAGUUUUCGUUCUGUGUGGGUCCGAAACGACUUGAGAAGGACCAACGCGGUGCUGGGGUGCCGACAGUCGAUGUCUGUGUGCAUCCUCAAGUGGCUACAAUUGCAGUCGAUCGACUGGAUCCGAGAGGCCCACUGGUUAUAUCAAAGUGCUUUGAGGCAGUUGAAAUAGUGCUGCAGCACUCGGGAUGCAACGCUGCUGCAAUGCUGGAUCGGAACUGCCAUGUGCUUCGUGGUGUCCAGUACAAGUCGGGUCGUCCGAACCCAAUGAGUUUGACAGACGAACGUGAAGUGUCAAUAUCGAGACCACUCGAGCGAGUGCGUGAUGUGCGGACGUCGACUGCGGCAAAAGCCAUUGUAGAUCGCGACAAUGAGGACACAAAGUCGUCUCGUUUGAUCGAGGCGGCGAGUGAUUGUGCUGAUGACGUUGUGCAGAACGAAUUGAUGUGUGAAGGACGUGUAGAUGGAAGUACCUUGUUCGAAGAGGAAGAAGUGCAGGUGAAGUCAGAUGUAAAGGACCCGUGUGACAAGGUGCAGCAGAAGAAGAAGAUGGAGCACCGAUUCACUUACAGUGGCCACUACGAGGCUCUUCAUCACGCACAAGCGGACUCAGGCAGCCAAGUUUCUGUCGACCUGUAUCGUCCGAAAGAAUUGGUGGUGACGGUAAGUUUACCUGCUACGAACAGUGCCGAGGGACUGAACUUGCAUGUGAGUGAGCGAAUGCUGCGACUGUCAGCGGACUCUAGCGUUCCCAGUGACUACGAACCACUAGAGCUGGCGCUACCGUUCCCGGUGAUCGAGAGUAACGGCAGUGCCAGGUUUGACCGCAAACGACACGAAGUGGUCGUCACUUUACCUGUGCAGCCUCCAGAAGAGCCGAAACCACACUUUGUCUCGCUUGUCAUCCAAGAUGACGAUGACGAGAAACAGGCUGAAGCAGCAAGCAGGGAAAGGAAGUUGUCGCAUGACGAAACAAAGAGCAGUGACGCGCUCGCAUCAGAGCAAAAGAUGGAGGGUGGGCAAAAGGUUCGCAUUCUGCACGAGUGGGCUUUGGUCACUGCAAACGACCCGCAAACAAUUGCAUACGAGCAGCAGACGAUUCAGACACAAAGUCCAGUUCCCGUCACCUCUCUGUCGUCUGCUGCAAAAAACAAGUCCGCCACACGCACUCAUGAAAAUGUGGCGUCUACGCCACCGCUUGAGAACUGCUGUCACAAAGAUGUGGUUCGUGCAACAAACACUUCCGCUGCAAGUUCGACAUCGUCACAUAACGUGUCGACAAUGCCGGUCGAAGCGACGCUUAGGCCCGUGGACCCCAUCGAACCGCCGUGUGAGGCUCACGUGACUUCGCAGUGUCUGUCCUACAUCGUUGGCGUGGCUGGCAUUGAGUCAUCAAGCGUGACACUUGCAUUCCCGUCGACCACUUCGCUGCGCCUGCACUUUUUGGAUAGCAGCCAGGAGGAAUAUGAACUGCACGUUGCUGUCUUCCCAGUUGAUAUCGAUUCGUCGACUGCCGAGUUUGACGUGGCCAGUGAAAACAUGGCGGUCAUCCUUUAUCGCAAGAACGCUACAGCUGCUCUUUUGCCCUGA